AUGAGAGCCCAGUUGGUAAAUAAUGUGAUGGUAAGUUUACCUGAGGAAAUGAGAGCCCAGUUGGUAAAUAAUGUGAUGGUAAGUUUAUUGGAAGAAAUGAGAGCUCAGUUGGUAAAUAAUCUGAUGGUAAGUUUACCUGAGGAAAUGAGAGCCCAGUUGGUAAAUAAUGUGAUGGUAAGUUUAUUGGAAGAAAUGAGAGCUCAGUUUGUAAAUAAUCUGAUGGAAAUGAGAGCCCAGUUGGUAAAUAAUGUGAUGGUAAGUUUAUUGGAAGAAAUGAGAGCUCAGUUGGUAAAUAAUCUGAUGGAAAUGAGAGCCCAGUUGGUAAAUAAUCUGAUGGAAAUGAGAGCCCAGUUGGUAAAUAAUGUGAUGGUAAGUUUAUUGGAAGAAAUGAGAGCUCAGUUGGUAAAUAAUCUGAUGGGUUACAGAUGUGUAGAUAUUUGCUUUACCAGCAAAAAGAGUCAAUUCCAGCUAUCUAAAGACCUCAGAUAG